UCUGCUCUGCCUGUCACUCUAUUGGCCUGCAAAGGGAGCGCAGCUCACGAUCGCGUUCUACCGCCAUAUGUAACACUAACCUGUGGUCGGAAGUGUGCUGUUAUUGAGAAGGUAAAAAAAAUGCUUCCAGGUAUGUCUGCUAAAGAAUUUAGUCAUCAAUACACCGAAGACAUAUUUCUACCUUUUGCCAAGAAAUCAAAAUCAGUGACACGAUCUGAUCCCAGUACAUGUGGACCAAGUUUACAAUCUCCAGCAUCACUGGUGUCAUAUACAGAUGACUUCUUUAAACAACCCAGUUGCAACUGGAAAGAAGACUACAGAGAUGCAACUUCAGCUAUGAUGAGCAGUGCUGAAGUACAUAGACCCCACCUUCUUCGACAUUUACUGGAGAUGGAGACAUUUGUUCCAUCAGCAAAAGGAGAAACACACAGGGAGAAACUUCCUUCCCCUGCAGAACUCUAUGGGAAGAAGCGUACCUCAGGACAGAGGGCAGUUCACCAGAAACAAAGGCUGGAAUCUGUCCUUUGUCAUAUAGAAGAACUUAAAAGAAGACAGCUCAGGAUUGAUAUACUAAAAGAGAAGAUGUGGGGAGUGUCAAGAAACAUUCACUCCAUUCCAGUCCAUGAGAAAGCAGACAUUCCAGAGCAAGAAUCUGUUUUCCUUGUACCUAAAGACAAUAUGCUUGAACUAUUUAACCAAGAAAAAGAAAACCAGAAUGCUUCAGUUUUACUUCAGAGAUCUACAGUGUUUAAUACAGAGAUGUCUACUCAACCUAACUUUCACUUAUGCUGCACAAAUCAUAAUGUUCCGGAUGAAGAAGAGCCCUUCAAAUUUCAUGAAGAAAACCCAGUGUUCUUAUGGUCUCCUUUUUAAACACAAAAACUGAGGGAAAGAUGAUGCUGUACUAUAUGUUCUCCAUUCCUAUUUUUGAUCUCACUGUGGUUUCUGUUCCACAUUACAAUUCAUAUAAGCGGAAGAGAAAACCCACAUACAGGCUCUGAAGACAUACCAGUAGAAAAAAUGUGCUCCAUCAAAAUAUUAGCAAUGCUUUUGCAAGUCUGUUCAGUUAAAGUGUAACAAUGUAAUUGUCAAAAAAUAUUCAGAAAUGUAUCUUAUCAGCUUAAGGCAAAUUAGAGAAAAAUAUCAAAUGUUGCUGCUGCAAUAGGGCAUGUUCUCAUUUUCAGAAUCUCUUGUUCUAUAUUUUAUGUUCUUUUCUAAGGUUCACAAUAUUUUGCUA